AUGUCUUCAAUCUUGGAUGUUGAUGAGUCUAUCAUUGAGAAUAAUUGGUAUUACAGUUGUCUCUUGAUUCCAAAGAAAAGCAUUAACACUGAAGCAACUUUUAGUGAGAGUCUAUGUGAUAAUGAGCAUGCUGAUGAAGAUAGGGAGUAUCAUAGCAAUCCUUAUGAUAAAAAGCAUCAACAUCCCAUUGCAAGGAAUAAACAGAUAAUGAGAGAAGAAGGUAGUAAUAGUAAUAGUCCAUGUUUUGGGUCAAGAGAUUCUGAUUCAGAUGAAGAGGCUGAGUGUCUUGCAAGUAUGUCUAAAGCUUUGGAUGUGGAUGGCGAUGGAAGAGUUAGUUCAGAUGAGAUUGUGAGGUUUUUGGAGAGAUUAAGUUUGGAAAUGCCAAAGGAGGAGGUGGAAUUAGCUAUGAGAUCAAUGUCUACAUGUGGUGUUGACUUUCUCACUUUAAUUGAGUUUGGUGAGUUUUAUAGAAUUGUAUUUGCGGAUAAGGAGGAGGAAAUGGAUAAUGUGAAGGUUGAGGAGAAGGUAAUUAGUGAGGCAUUUAAUGUGUUUGAUCAAAAUGGAGAUGGGUUUGUUGGCAUUAUGGAUUAA